AUGUUCUCCACCUCCACUCGCCGCCGUGAGCCUGUCCACCACCACCAGCCCGUCAUCCACCACCAGAAGCGCAAGCCCACUAUGAAGGACAAGCUCAGCGGUGCCCUCAUCAAGCUGCGGGGAAGUCUGACGCGCCGUCCCGGCCUCAAGGCCGCCGGCACUCGUCGCAUGCACGGCACUGACGGUCGCGGGUCGCGUCGCCGCCGCUACGGCAUCUUUUGA